UCCAUAGGGAUUUGAAAGCAAGCAAUGUUUUACUGGAUGGUUCAAUGAACCCAAAAAUAUCAGAUUUUGGCAUGGAAAGAAUGUUCGGGGAUGACCAAAUUGAAGCAAACACGAACAGAGUUGUUGGCACCUACGGUUACAUGUCACCGGAGUAUGCUAUGGAUGGGCUAUAUUCCAUAAAAUCCGAUGUGUUUAGCUUCGGAGUCUUGGCACUAGAGAUCAUUAGCGGCAAAAAGAACAGUUUCCAAUUCGAAAACACCUCUCUGAAUUUGGUUGGACUUAUAUGGGACUUGUGGACAGAAGGAAAAGUCUUGGACAUAGUUGAUUUGUCACUGAACCAGUCGUAUUCGACUCACGAAGUUAUGAGAUGCAUUCAGAUUGGGCUCUUGUGCAUGCAAGAAAACGCAACGAACCGGCCAACCAUGCUAGAUGUUGUGUUCAUGCUGGGGAAUGAAACGAAUCUUCUACAUCCAAAAAAGGCAGCGUUUAGCUUCAUUCAAAACUGGUGGUCCGGAUUCUUCAACGUCUAG